ACCAAUCUCCCCAUCUCGUUUCAAACUGCCACAACCACUCACGCUUGUUUGACUUUGAAGGAAAAUACUCCAGCUAGAUACUGAGCUGCAGAAACCCCUGGAAUACCUCGUGGAGAAGUUUCAAACUAGAUCCUUAAGACUCACACCAGGCUAUCUACUGUAGUCUGACCCUGAAAGCAUCAACACUGCUGUUGCCGCUGCCAUGCACAGACUCGUUUCCUUUGCGCUGCUAUUCCUUAGUGCCAGGUUGGCUACUUCUCUGUUCCUGCCCGAUUCUCUGGAGCUCAGGCAGCUAAUGCAACGCUACCAGGAUGAGUUGGAGCCCAAUAGCACAAACGCUGGCGGGCCUUUACGCACCCCCAGAGCCAUCCGGUGGUCGGACCGGGAGGAGAUCCUGCAACUACACAACAAACUGAGAGGGGAGGUGUAUCCCACUGCCUCCAACAUGGAGUACAUGGUAUGGGAUGAAGAACUGGAGAAGUCAGCGACUUAUUGGGCGGAACAGUGCCAGUGGGAACAUGGGCCUCAAGAUCUGCUCAUGUCCAUUGGGCAGAACCUGGCAGUGCACUGGGGCAGGUACCGCUCUCCUGCCUACCAUGUGCAGGCGUGGUAUGAUGAGGUGAAGGACUAUACCUACCCUUACCCUCAUGAGUGCAAUCCCUGGUGCCCCGAGCGAUGCUCCGGACCCAUGUGUACACAUUAUACCCAGCUGGUCUGGGCCACAACCAGCCGUGUGGGCUGUGCAGUGCACCUGUGUCCAAGUAUGAAUGUGUGGGGCGAGAUCUGGGAGAAUUCCAUCUAUCUCGUCUGCAACUACUCGCCCAAGGGAAACUGGAUCGGGGAAGUCCCAUACCAACAUGGUCGCCCCUGCUCCCAAUGCCCACCAAGCUAUGGAGGACGCUGCAGGGACAACCUCUGUUACAAGGGAGACCCUGAACGUCAUGAGUCUCCAGAUAUGAAUGAGGUGGAGAUGCCUCAGCAGCCCCUACAACCUCGUUCAACUCCAACCAAACCUCAGUCCAAACCCUCCACCCCCAAGAAGCCUGUAUCUACCAGACCCUCCUCACCCAAGUCUGCAAGCAGCACAUAUCUAGCUCAAAAUAUUAAGUGCGAGACAAAAAUGAGGGACAAGUGUAAAGGAGCAACCUGCAACAGGUACAAUUGCCCAGCCAACUGCUUAAAUAAGAAAGGGAAAGUUUGGGGGACACUCUACUAUGACGUUCAAUCAAGUAUUUGUCGCGCUGCAAUCCACUAUGGCGUAAUUGACAACAAUGGAGGCCUUGUGGACACCACAAGAAAAGACAACUUCCCAUUCUUUGUAAAAGCGACCAAGAAUGGUGUCGAGUCAUUCAGUAAAUAUAAACCUGGCAAUGCAUUUAUGAUGUCAAAAGUGGAAGAGCAAACUAUAGAUUGCUACACUACAGUAGCUGAGAUUUGUCCUUUCAGGCAGACUUCCUCUUAUUGCCCAAGAGUAUUCUGCCCUGCCAACUGCAUUAAUGAACCCUCAUACUGGGCUACAGUGGUCGGCACCAACAUCUAUGGAGACGGUUCCAGUAUCUGCCGAGCAGCUAUUCACGCUGGAGUGAUCAAAGCUGGCGGGGGCUAUUUGGAUGUUCUGGCUCUGGAUAAGAGGAAAAGAUACACUGGGACCAUGAGGAAUGGCAUAGAAUCUGAGAGUAAAACCAAUACAGAAGGUGGUUCGUUUAGGGUCUUCGCUGUUCAAGAGUGAGACAACAAUGACGGGGCACAAAGGGUCUCCUAUUUGCUCUCAAAAGACAGAACAAGUCAAUGUGGAAUGCAGCCUCUCCAGUCUUUCUCUCACUUUGGAGGAGAGACACUUGCAAAGGACCUGUCUAAGUCUUCUAUCUUACUGCUGGUUCGAUCAGAGGACUUCCAAAUGUUUCAUGCUUAUACUUGUAAAAAAAAAAUAUGUUUGAUCACACAUGCAAGUCUUACCAUAAUGCAGUGUGGUUGAAUUUGUAUUUUAACAGCAGUGCUGGUUUUAGUUGUUGUUUUGAGUCAGAUAAAUCACAUUUAUUUUUUUAAAAAUCCUUUUUUUUUUUUUUCUGUUUUCAGUACAUGCAAA